ACUAACACUACCAAACAUUUAAUGAUAGGACCACACCACCUCGGUAUUGUACAUUACAUUUCUUUUCUUUCUGACAUGUCACGGAUACAUAAAUAUGCUACCAUUAUUAUUUAUUAUUAUUUCAUAAAUUCAUAUAUCCAAAUAUCUUAUUGCACCCCCCCCUAAAUCCCAAAUAUGGCUUCAUCUUCUUCUUCUCCUUCUUCCUCUUCCAAAUCUCCCCCUUUAAUCUCUUCACGCCAUUCUCCUCAAUUCACUCCUAUUCAAGAGGAACAUGAAUUUGAUGAAUAUUGCAGUGAAAACAGAAGCCAAAGCAGAAGAACAACACCGAGUGGUUCAACACCAAAACACCAAUACCACCCUCCAACACCUAUUGUUAACAAAAUCAACAAAUCAAAUCACAAAAAGAAAAGAUCAGAAACUGAAGAAGAUGGUUCUGUUUCCUGCAACAAAUGUAGACCACAUUCUCGUGACAAAAUCUUCAUCCUUCCCUUUGAUCAUAGCAACAAUAACAAUAGCAACAACAACAAAUAUUCAUCUUUGUUACAAAGUCCAAAUGGGAUUUUCAAAUCCAUUGUUUCAAAGUUAACAAGGAAGAGUCCAAUGUCAACAACAUCGACAACAACAACCAACAACAAUAACAAUGACCCUUUAUCAUCCUCAAGAGAAGAACAAUGGAAAAUUGCAGUGGCUGAACUUUCACACAAACUUGUUCAUGCUACUAGGAAAAGAGAUGAAGCUCUUCAAGAAGCUUCAAGGUUGAUGCAUUCAAUGUCUGAGUUAGAGAAGAAACUUAACAAACUUGAAUUGUAUUGUCACAGUUUGAAAUCUGGUCUUGAAGAAUGUAGUAGUAUUAAUAGCCCCCAUGUGUUUGAUACAAAGUCUCUGAGUAAUUUUCAUCAUGUUCAAGAUACUGAUAAUGUUGUUCAACAUUUCUUGGUGUCUGUUUCUGAAGCAAGAUCUUCUGUGAGGCUUUUAAGUCGUUCUCUUACAAUGCAACUUAGGCAUAUUGGUAGCAAAGUGUUUGAAAAAGUUUCAUUACUUUUGCAACCUUAUGAUAUAAAAAUCUCUUUUUCUAAGAAUCCAAGAAGUUUGCUUUUUUACUUGGAAGCACUUUUGAAUAAGACUUUCUUUGAGGAUUUUGAGUCAAUUGGGUUUCAAAAGAAUGCUUAUAAUAGGAUACUAAACCCAAUGGAAAGGUGUGAGGCAAGUUUAGCUUCUUUCAAUAUGAUUCAUGGUUUGACUUGGGAAGAAGUGUUGAGUAAAGGGACAAGACAUUUCAGUGAGGAUUUUAGCAGAUUUUGUGAUAGGAAAAUGAGUGAGAUUGUGGCUAUGUUGGGUUGGAAUAGGGCUUGGCCUGAACCUCUUUUGCAAGCUUUCUUUGUUGCUUCAAAGAGUGUUUGGAUGGUUCAUUUGUUGGCUAAUUCGGUUCAUCCAAGUUUGCCAAUUUUUAGAGUGGAUAAAGGUGUGAACUUUGAUUCUGUUUACAUGGAGGAUAUGGGUGGGGACAAGUCUUCAAGGUUGGUACCUAACAUGGUUAGGAUAAUGGUUGCACCAGGUUUUUAUGUCUAUGGUAGUGCUGUCAAAUGUAAGGUUCUUUGCAGGUACUUGACCAGUGCCAACAACAACAACAUCAAUAACCACAGUUAUGGUAACAAAGAAAACAAAGGUUUAACCCCUUCACCUUAAACCUCUCAAGCCUUUUUCAUUUAUUCAUUUUUGAUUUUUAAUAUGAAAUUGGAAACUGUACUCUUUGGUUUGGAAUUUGGAUCAGCUUCUAUUGUUGUUAUAUUGGCCAAUUUUAAUCAAUGUGUAUAGUAUUAUAUUGGUGCUGAAUGCUGAUGGCUUGGUUUUUGUUAAAAGUAGUAAUUUAGCAUAUGUUUGGA